CUAGUGCUUCAGAGACUACACGUAUAAGGCUUAUUGCCUUAUUUAUAGGUGGCAAAAACAAAAAAGACUUACCACUUACAAGUGUGUGUGAGAGAGAGAAAAUGGAGAGCAAAAUGAAAGAGAAGAGUACUGGAAGUGAUUCGGUGCUGGAUAUGUCAUCAACAUCAACGGUCGGAGGUGGUGUUGAGGAUAUCUACGGUGAGGAUCGUGCCACGGAGGAUCAACUUAUCACCCCAUGGACUUUUGCUGUUUCAAGCGGUUACAACUUGUUGAGGGAUCCACGUUACAACAAAGGGCUUGCCUUCACUGAGAAAGAAAGAGAUGUUCAUUACUUGCGAGGCCUUCUUCCGCCUGCGAUUAUACCCCAACAGCUUCAGGAGAAAAGACUUAUGCAGAGUCUCCGGCAAUUUGAAGUCCCUUUGAAUAAAUAUAUUGCCCUGAUGGAAUUAGAGGAGAGAAAUGAAAGGUUGUUCUACAAGCUUCUUAUUAAUAAUGUGGAAGAGUUGCUUCCAAUUGUAUAUACUCCGACUGUUGGUGAGGCUUGCCAAAAAUAUGGAAGCAUUUUUAGGCGUCCCCAAGGUUUAUACCUCAGUUUGAAAGAAAAAGGAAGGAUACUUGAGGUAUUGAAAAAUUGGCCAGAAAGGAAAAUACAAGUCAUUGUUGUUACGGAUGGUGAACGAAUUCUGGGACUUGGAGACCUUGGCUGCCAGGGAAUGGGGAUACCAGUAGGGAAAUUGGCUUUAUAUACUGCACUUGGAGGAGUCAGACCUUCAGCGUGCUUGCCUAUAACCAUUGAUGUGGGAACAAAUAAUGAGCAGCUACUGCAAGAUGAGUUCUACAUUGGGCUCAGACAAAAGAGAGCUACUGGGAAGGAAUAUUAUGACUUUCUUGAUGAGUUCAUGAAGGCUGUGAAGCAAAAUUACGGUGAAAAGGUUCUUGUACAGUAUGAAGAUUUUGCGAAUCACAAUGCUUUUGAACUGUUGGCAAAAUAUGGUACCAGACAUUUGGUAUUCAAUGAUGAUAUACAGGGGACAGCUGCUGUGGUACUUGCGGGGCUCGUUGCAUCCCUAAAGCUGCUCGGAGGGUCCUUAGCUGAUCAUACGUUCUUGUUCUUCGGUGCUGGAGAAGCUGGAACUGGUAUAGCAGAACUCAUAGCACUUGCGAUUUCAAAGGAGACAAAUGCCACUGUGGAGGAAGCACGUAAAAAUAUCUGGCUUGUCGACUCAAAGGGUCUAAUUGUUAGUGCUCGAAAGGAAUCACUUCAAGCUCACAAAAAACCGUGGGCCCAUGAACACGAACAUGUUGACAAUCUUCUAGAUGCUGUUGAGGCCAUUAAGCCGACUGCUUUAAUCGGAACAUCUGGAGUUGGAAGAACAUUUACUAAGGAAGUGAUUGAGGCCAUGACAUCCAUAAAUAAGAGGCCCCUCAUUAUGGCUCUCUCAAAUCCAACUGCACAAUCCGAAUGCACUGCUGAAGAAGCUUACACUUGGAGUGAGGGUCGAGCCAUUUUCGCAAGUGGAAGUCCAUUCCCUCCUGUAGAGUACAAUAACAAACUCCACAUUGCUACCCAGGCAAACAACUGUUACAUAUUCCCUGGAUUUGGUUUUGGCUUGGUCAUGUGCGGCGCUAUCCGUGUGCAUAAUGACAUGCUUUUAGCAGCUUCGGAAGCGUUGGCUGCUCAAGCAACUGAGGAGCACUAUGCGAAGGGGAUGAUUUAUCCUCCUUUUGGUAAUAUAAGAAAGAUCUCAGCUCAUAUUGCUGCUACUGUAGCUGCUAAAGCAUAUGAACUCGGUGUUGCAACACAUCUGCCCCAGCCUGCAGAUUUGGUGAAGUAUGCUGAGAGUUGCAUGUACACUUCUAAUUACCGAUGUUAUCGCUGAUUAAAUAACCUGAUCAGAUGCUGUAAGUACUAUAGUU